AUUUGGUCCCCAUCAGUCUGAAUAUCACAUUAUCUCCUUCAGUGGACUAGCACAGUAAGAUGAUGUAUGAGGAUGAGUGAUUUAGACCAGUUUUCUCUCCUCUCACUGUUACCACCCACCUACAGUGGAGGCUUAUGUAAUUCUGUACCAAGCAUUACCUAACACCGACCAAUUUGCCAGAUGGGGCUCCUCGGGCUGGUGAAUAUUAUCAUACGGGGUCUCACAUGCACCCACUCCUGCCUCAUAUCUGGGUCCUUGACUUUCAAAAGGUCUGGGGACCCCUGAGGCUGUAACAUCCUAGGCGCGCGCACGACGUCGGUGCGCGCUCCGGGCGCAGAGUGCAGAUCCUCUGCUCUCAGGCAGUCAGCCAGCCUCGGCUCCCCGGAAAAGACUCUCUCUUUUUUUGCGAUGCCGCACCCGAUCAGGGUUUUUUUUUUUUUUUUCCUCCCCAAAACCAGCUACCUCAAAUGAUCAGCAGUGAGUCCGCGUGUGUGUCCGAGCUGCCCCUUUCUGCAGUGCGAUGCUGACAACAUGUUUCCUCGUCGAGAAGCUCGUCGCUGUGCAGCAUAGAGGAGGCGAGCGGAGUGGAGCAGCAGCGUGCUCGGUUACAGGCUGUUGCAGAAAGGCAGAAUCAUGGAGGCUGGAUGCGUGGUUGCCGCGGUGAUCGAGAACGCUGCCUCAGGACCCCAGGGAGAACCAGGAAGUAGUGACGUCCUUGAGGGCGAUGUGCCACCACCUACUGACCUGGACAAAGAUGAUGCCUUACCUCAAUCUGCCAACAUUAACUCUCCAGAAGAGAAGCAGCCACAGGAGACAUCCACUGCCAUGGUGAAGAACGAUGAUAUCACAGAGCACCCGGCCGAGCCUCUCCUGCGCUCUUGCGUCAGCACGGCCAGCAUGAAGGUCAAGAACAUGAAGAAGCUCACGUUCCCCAGAGGCCACUUCCCCAGAUUGGCAGAGUGCGCCCACUUCCACUAUGAGACUGUUGAUUUUGGAAACGUUCAGCUGGCCUUUGCAGAGGGACAGAGCGAAGGGCCGAAGGCCGGGCUGGACUCCAAAGAGCUGGUCUUUCUGGUCCAGGUCACCUGCCAGGGUCGAAACUGGCUGGUGAAGAGAUCCUACGAAGACUUCCGGGUGCUGGACAAACACCUGCACUUGUGUAUCUAUGACCGCCGCUACUCCCACCUUGCCGAGCUGCCGCGAUACAACACGUUGAAGGACACUGUAGAGUCAGUCACCACGAUGUUGGCAACCUACCUGUCCCGCUUCUCUGUCAUCGCUGACAACAAGAUCAACUGUGGGCCAGUUCUAACGUGGAUGGAGAUCGACAACAAGGGGAACCAUCUGCUGGUGUCUGAAGAAUCUUCGAUCAACGUCCCCGCCAUCGCUGCUGCCCACGUCACCAAGCGUUACACGGCCCAGGCCACGGAUGAGCUAACCUUUGAGGUGGGAGACAUUGUGUCUGUCAUCGACAUGCCUCCGAAGGAAGACACGGGCUGGUGGAGAGGAAAACACGGCUUUCAGGUGGGUUUCUUCCCCUGCGACUGUGUUGAGCUGAUAAAUGAGAAGAUUCCCCCCAGCGUUCAAAGCUCCGUGCCAAAGCCAGUGUGUAAGAAGCACGGAAAGCUGGUGACGUUCCUGAGGACUUUCAUGAAGUCUCGGCCGCCGCCGCAGAAGCUCCGGGCGCGAGGCAUCCUCCGAGAGCGAGUGUUUGGCUGCGACCUCGGGGAACAUCUCCACAACUCAGGACACGAAGUCCCACAGGUUGUCAAGAGUUGUGCCGAGUUCAUAGAGAAGCAUGGAGUCGUGGAUGGUAUCUACAGACUCUCUGGGAUCUCCUCCAACAUUCAGAAACUGAGACACGAGUUUGACUCCGAACAGAUCCCAGACUUGACCAGAGAUGUCUUCAGACAGGAUAUCCACUCGGUUGGCUCGUUGUGCAAGCUGUACUUCAGGGAGCUGCCCAACCCUCUGCUCACCUACCAGCUCUACGACAGAUUCUCAGAGGCCGUGUCUGCAGCCACUGAUGAGGAGAGGCUGGUCAAAAUACACAAUGUCAUCCAGCAGCUGCCUCCUCCACAUUACAGGACUCUGGAGUUCCUCAUGAGGCACCUCUCCCACCUCGCCACCUUCAGCCCCAUCACUAACAUGCACACUAAAAACCUGGCUAUCGUCUGGGCGCCUAACCUCCUCAGGUCCAGACAGAUCGAGUCGGCCUGCUUCAGUGGCACGGCGGCGUUCAUGGAGGUGCGUAUCCAGUCGGUGGUGGUGGAGUUCAUCCUCAACAACACGGAGACGCUCUUCAGUCCGAAGCUCAACGCCAUCAUAAGAGAAAGCACUGGGAACAGCACCUUAUCCAGACCGAAAUCCCUGAUGGUCUGCUCCCCGUCCACUAAGCUGCUAUCUUUGGAGGAGGCCCAGGCUCGCACUCAGGCGCAGCUGGGCUCUCCAGCUACAACUCCCUGCCUCACCCACAGUGACUACAUUGAGGUUGGCGAGGGACCUGAAGCUCUCCUUGGAAAGUUCCACACAGUCAUCGAGCUCCCGAUGGAGAGCUGCAAGCGGCCUCCUGCUAAGGCUAAGAAGUCUCCAGUUGGGAACUGGCUCUCGUUUUUCCAUCUGGGCAAGUCCCAUUCUGUGUCCAAACGUAAACUGAAGCGACACCCCAGUGAGCCAAACGAGAUAAAGAGCAUUGCACUGCCAGGAGGAAGAGGAGAUAGCGGCACACUGCGCUCCACCAAAAGUGAAGAAUCUCUCACCUCUUUGCACAACUUAGAAGGAGAACCUCCAAAUUACCGCCCCCUCAGACCUCGUUCAACUAGUGAGGCCAUUUCUGCCCUCAGUAGAGAUGACCUGCACAACACCAGAAGGAAAGAAGACCGCAGAUCUCGCCCACUGAGUGAAAGUCAUAAUGGUGCUGAUCGUGUCCACACUGCCGCAUGUGUUUCCCCUCCGCACCAGGAGGAUGAUCUUGACCUUUUCCCGCCGGCUGCAGGCAUGUCUACUUUGGACUUUGACCCCAUGUCUUUUCAGUGCAGCCCACCCUCAGCCACCCCUGGUCCGCAACACAGCAAAGAUGGAAAUAAAUGGAGGAAGAGUGUGGGGUGCUCCAGUGAAUCAGAGCCCAUCUCCUCCCCUAACAACAACAACAACAUCAGCCGCUCGCAGUCUCCAGAUAUCAGCCCAGUUCUUGGUAAAAAUGUGAGCAAGGUUACCUCCAAGCAGCUCUCUCCCAAACUCAGGAAGAAAUCCUUUAAGACUCAAGCAGAUGUCCAGUCUGCGUCCGCCUCUAUUCGACCUCUACACCCUUCCUCCCCCUUAGUGGAUAAAUGUGCAGCUCCAGUGACAGAUGGAAAAGAGCCCAGAGCGUCUUAUCAACACUGCAGCCCACUCAGCACAGCGAGCCAGGCAUCAGCCAUGACAGACCUCAGCCAAUCUGCACAGAACCUCCCUGAUCCAGGAACAGAUAGACUUAUGAGUUCAGUGUCUGUUCUCCCUCCUCACCCUCCCUUGACGAGUGCUGCACGCAAGUUGGCUCUGGCUCUCGCCGAAUCUGCCCAGAAGGCCAGCAGUGGCUCCCAAAGAAGAAGCAACGCCCCAUUGCCGUCUCACGCACCGGACAGGCUACCGAGGCCCUCUGUCCUCGAUCUCAAAGUGUAUCCUCAGGAGUACUGCGGCCCUCACGUCUCCUCCGUUUCUCAGUGGCAACCAUCAGCGCACAGCCCCGUCGAGUCUCACCGCUGCCCUCAUCCUGUCCAUUUCCCACCUUCACACCUCUGCCCGGAGCCGCUAACGGUCGCCGACGGACAGGAAAGCAUGUGCAAUUUCACUCCAAAUGUCAGCCCGCUCGGGUCAGGAAGCUUGGAUGAAGGCAGCGCGGAGAGGAGGGACCGCCGAGAGGAAAAGGAGCUCAGAGAUGUCACACAAGCAGAGCACACUUAUCACAGUGUUGGAGUUUCGACACCCACUCCACCUGUCGUCUCGGCUCAGAGCCCGACAACUUCUCCUGUAUAUGUCAACACCGACUCUAUCAAUGUUUUUAAUUUCCGCGCCGUUCUGGCGGAGACCUCCAUGCCUGCCUCCGUUGAGGAGGUCAUCCCUCGUCCGUUACAGCCUUCCUCAAGCCGUCGCUACAGCCCAGAGGAGGAGAGACCUCUGGGCAUUUUUGAGGAUGUCUAUAGUAAUUAUCAUCAUCAUCAUCAGCGGCCAAUUCAAACGGGGCGAAUGCCUGCACCUCACUGCCCUCGGCCUGAUGCUCUGCCACGUCACCUUUCUGGGCCAAAAGGCUUGUACAGACAGUCCUCUGAAAGCCGCUACAGCACUUUAGGUUUAAGGCAGCCGUUGUCACCUCAGUACAGGCGUUACCGGAGAGAUGAGCACCUUAUCAGUGGUUGCCACAGGCAACAAGGCCAGUGGCAGAGGUCAGAAGACAGAGGAGCCGGGCACCCUGCCAUUCGGAGGGCUCGCUCCUUUCAUGCCCCUCAGAUUAGUCACUACGAGUUGGCAGAGACAGAAGUCUUGCCCCCUGACACCAUGUUUUAUGUUGAGCAGACGACAAGCCAGGAAGCACCCUAUCAGAGGCUGAUUCAGACCGGACUUUAUCCUGUUCGGCCACAGAACACACAGGCCGACUACCGCUACAACCCAUAUUCAGACAUGAACCCAGCAGAUGCCUCACACUACUAUGCUGAUCCCGGCCGGCAAAGCAGUAUCCGACACAGUCAGUCUUACACGAUGCGAUCCACGAGGGAAGGUGGACAAUCGGACUACUACAACUACUCUCCUCAACGGGUUCCGCCCGUGAACAGAGAGCUUUACAUAGAAAGCAGGGACACUGUUGUUUAUGAGGCUAGAGAUGCAGAAGUUUUUGAAAGAGUCAUAUACCAACCAGUCAAUCAGGAGAGCAAAUCCAGACAUAAAAACCCGUAUCCAGCUGCAUCUCCCAUCGAGAGUCCUGUCUCACCAACUGACGCAAGAAACAGAGACAUAAUUCACACAAGAAGCAAGUCAGACCCCGGGAAUGCCUGCCUCCUCUCCACCAACAGGAUGGAAAGCCAAAACGUCGUGGUCACAUCGCCAAUUUCUCCUAAGUCCCAACAACUUGAUCGUGACGUGAGCAGGCAGCAUUAUGGUCACCGCUCUGACUCGGGACCAUCCAGGCGGAUUCAGAUCAAAGACAACUCCUCGCAGCAGCCGCUGCUUCGCAAAGUCCCCUCGCUCCCAGAAAGAGCCUGUCUUAACCUCAAGAACAUCGAGCACAAUGACAGAAGCCACGCACGAGGUCAUGACCAGGAUCGAUUAAUGAUGACCAACGCUGUCAACAGCUACUCCGGCAAUGUGAAACCCAGCAUCCUCAGAAGACCAGGAAGGUCACAGAGCACCAGAGAAAAUCGUCACUACUAUCAUUACCACGCCAAAUCCCCUCUGGAUCCUGAACAUCUGGGAUCAUUUUCCAGUCAGCCCAACAGAAGGACUCAGAGCACUAAAGUCAGGCCCACACAAUACGACCACAUGGAGGAGUAUUAUGCAGCACCCAAACCUAAACCCACAAGAUCCGGUAAAGCUACUGCCGGAUAUUUGCCCGGCCAGGGCUGCAUGUCUCCCCGUGGGCACAGACUGCUGUCCAAGGCUCUGGGUCACGAUGCUUUUUAUCAUGCUGCACUGAGAUCAGAGGCCGGGGUGUAUGAGUGAUUCUGAACGCUGACUUUUAUCCGAUUCCACAUUGGGGCCAAAGGAGAACAGCACUUUAUCCUCAGCCAGGCCAACAGACUGUUGCGUUGAAAGCGUGUUUGUUUUAACCUUCAGGAGCUGCUAAAAAAAAUGUGUGAAGUGAGGCUGCUGCUGGAGAUCAAAAUGUCGGCAUCACUGGUAGUUCAUAUUUUGCAAUGGCUUCUCGGGAAGCUCAAAGGGAAGAAAAGGAACUGUGUGCAGAUAUUGUCUUAAAUUAAAAUCUCUGAAAAUUAACGGUAACGAAAAAAAAGAUGGCCGACAUGUUUUAUUUAAUGCCUAAACGACAUAACAAGGGAUGACAAGGUACAUUAACAUUUUACUAAUAUGAUUUUUAAGUGUAGGAAUGUGUAUAAAACAACAUAACAUUCAUUUAAAGUGUAUUAUAUUUGUAUAAAUAACACACAGCUAACAUGUGGCCAAUGUACUGUACAUUUUGUUUUCUAUUCUGGUCUGCUCAGACUUCAACAAGCACUUUUGAGGAUAACUGUGUAUGAAACACAUUGUCUUAACGUGGUGUACAUGAAGCCUCUCGAUAUAUAUUUUUUCCUGUAAGAAACGGCUUGCUCUGAAUCAUCGUUUAAUGCUAAAUCAGCACUUUUUUUUGGAGGAGGCGGGGAUGAAAUGGAACGUAACCUCAUGGUUUCUAACUUUUCACAUUUUUCUUUAUCACACGUUGUAUAAUGCAAUUUAAAAUAACAAAGUGUGCUAUGAUUUCUGUUAAGGUCAAAGCUGCCAUGGCGAAAUAAUGCUAAAUGCACAUCGGCUCAUUCUCACUUAGGUGAUAAAGUGUAUUUUGUAUGGCAUUGUGGUUUUUUGUCACAGAAAUGAAAAUUUUCUUUCCUCUUUAUAGGGAACUUUUAACAAUGUGGUGUUUUACAUGAAUUAUGAUGUUGAUUUAUUCAUUAAAGAUGAAAUCCUGACAUGUAGAUGAUGCUAUUCUGUUAAGACAUGUUAAAUGCGUUAUUUUAGUGAGAGUCAAAAAAAUAAAGUUAUAUUAUCAAUGA